ACAAAUAACUCACAUUCGCAAUCAGUCAGCCCGACACCUACGACAUGAACGCGGCAGCAAUAAUAAUUGCAAUUAUCCUGCUCUUGCCAGCCAGCCAGCAAAGCUCUGAAAAUUUGGAACGGAAGGUGCUGUCGUAUAAUCCCACCUAUGAAUUCUGGUUUUUCAUGCCAACUGGCAGGCCAGAUCAUGUUUCUGAGAACGUUCAGGCGGCCUACUGGUCUGCCAGGACAAGGGGAGGAGUUUGCUUUACGGACAUUUGGUUCUACUGCAAAACUGGCAUUCAAAUAAAGGAGUAAAUUGAUUAACAAAAACACGCAACAUUUCCUAAUGAAUAAAAAAAAAACGUUUAAAAACACUACUUACACCCUGUCACGUGAAUUUGUUACACUUGACAGUUCAUUCAAGAAAAACUGAACAUUUACGUAAAGUUUACACCCAGUAAUAAUAAUAAAGAUUAUCUUAAUUAGGCUUGUUAACGCUAGAGUUGUAAAAUUGUAAACGUCUUAUUUAAAAAUUUUGUUUGUGAAAAGUAAAUUUUAUUCUUCAAAA